AUGGCAGACUACCUCGACCCAGAGUGGCCACCAGGGACAGUGAAACUCGCCCAGUUGUGGGCAGUCAACGAAAAAGGAUCGGACAUUAUCUUGCAACCUAGACCAACGAACGAUCCGAACGAUCCACUGAACUGGCCACGAUGGCAGAAGGGAAUCAACUACACCCUUGCCUGCUUCUACGCCAUGAUGGUAUACGCCUUCGUCAAUGCCACCUCACCGACCUGGGGUCCAAUGGGUGAAGAACUCAAUUUCAACUCAACACUCCUGACCAACACCUAUGCCAUCGGCUGUGCAACACUGGCAUUGGGAGCUCCAAUGCUCAUUCCCUUCGCUCUCAAGUUCGGCUCACGAUCAGUCUACGUGGUCAGCAGUGCCGCUCAACUCGGAGUCUCCAUCUGGUCUGCCAGGACUCAAACUCCAGGCGACUGGUGGGGUGUCAAUGCUCUGCAGUGCUGGCUGGGAUCGCUCUGCGAGGUUCUCGUCCAGUUGACCAUUGCAGAUGUGUACUUCGUCCACCAACGAGGACUCAUGAAUUCGAUUUACAUCUGGGCCAUGAAUGUUGGAGGCAACCUGGCUGUCGUGGCUGCUGGCUUUGCCACGACCAGUAUGGGCUGGCGAUGGGUCUGGUGGUGGUUCGUCAUAUUCUUCGGCCUGCAGCUGGUAGUGUUCAUCUUUGCUUUUGAGGAGACCAAGUUUCGACUCGACGAAGCUACACUUGUCGGACAGAGACCUGGCAGCGUGAGCCCCAGCUCGGCCACAUCUCCAAGCCCGGUCGAGGACCAAGAGAAGAAGACGACCAAGAACGUCACGCCCGUGGUCAACGACACUGAAGCCAAUCGCAGCGACGCUCGCAAUCUGAGCGUAGUGUAUAUCGACCACACCAUACCAAGAAAGACGUAUCGCCAGAAGCUUUCACUCACAACGACGUCACCUGGUAACUGGCCCCAGUUCCUACGACACUCAUGGCAGCCAUUCCUCAUCCUUGGAUCGAUCCCCGGCGUACUGUACAGCUCCCUCGUCUACGCCAUCCUCCUAGCCUGGAGCACCGUUCAAACCGCAGCUCUCAGCACCAUCAUGCUCGACCCACCGUACAACUUCUCCGCAUCUCAAAUCGGUCUGAUGAGCUUGGCUCCAUUCAUCGGUCAAACCCUCGGCUCCUUAAUCUGCGGCCCCCUCAGCGACUGGACAGUCCUCUACCUCGCCCGACGCAACAACGGCAUCUACGAACCCGAAUUCCGAUUCUACCUCUUUGUUCCUUUCGUACCCUUUCAGCUCGCCGGGGCAUGGUGGUUCGGCUACGCACUCAACAACGGCUCGCCCUGGGAGCAAGUCGCCGUGGCAUACGGCGUGUGCAAUUUCGGAAUGGGGCCGUUGCAGAGCGUCGCGUUGACAUAUAUGCUCGAUGCUUACAAUGAAAUCGUCGGCGACGCCCUGACGGCACUCACAUUCGUCCGAAAUACAUUCAGCACGAUCUUCGUCUUUGCAAUGCCAGCGUGGAUCGCGGCAGUGGGUAUCGCGAAUGUGUUCAAUAUGAUCGGAGCGUUUGGUGCCGUCAUCUUGUUGUUCUCGGUCUUUUUCAUUUGGAAAGGGAAACAGCUGAGAGUCAGGACGGCGAAGGUAUAUCGAUACUAUGCGAGCAGACAGUUCGAGGGUCGGCCGUUGUAG